GGAUGCCCGCCGGGGCUCCUCCAGGGAAGGCGGGCAAGACUCGUGGGUUCUUUGGCUCAUCGCGGUAGGUGCCUGCUGUCUUCCCCCUUGCCCCCGAAGAAAGUUUCCCGGACCCAAACCAAACCCUUUGUGAAACUGAGAGUCGCGCAGGAUAGUUGGGGAGGACUGGCUCAGGGACUGGCCGUGCAGGGGUCAUGGCCUGUGACUCCGGCGGAGCGAGGGGUAGGCCUCCGUGACUGCCCCCGCCCCCGCCAGGCUGGCCGGGCUACGCGGCAUCCUGCGCGUGGUGGCCCUGGGCUUCGGAAGUCGGUCUGCGGCUUCCCUGUGAGAGACCAAAGCCACUUUGGCCGGCGCAACCUUUGCCGAGAUGGAUUCACGGCUCAGACAGAGCUGCCUGGGUAGACGAAGAAGGGAGGAUGUGUGAGCGGACGGCCUCAGCCCACGGCACACGGACAGCCUGUGAUUGAGAACUCACCGCAGCUAGCAUCAUGGGCAGUAAAACCUUGCCAGCCCCAGUGCCCAUCCACCCAUCUCUUCAGCUCACCAACUACUCCUUCCUCCAGGCAGUAAACGGCCUGCCCACAGUGCCCACGGACCACCUGCCCAACCUAUAUGGCUUCAGCGCCUUGCACGCUGUGCAGCUGCACCAGUGGACACUGGGUUAUCCAGCCAUGCACUUGCCACGCUCUUCUUUCUCCAAGGUGCCAGGUGCAGUGUCCAGCCUGGUGGACGCACGCUUCCAGCUGCCCGCCUUUCCCUGGUUCCCCCAUGUCAUUCACCCCAAGCCCGAGAUCACGGGAGGCAGUGGCCCAGCACUCAAGACCAAGCCCCGCUUUGAUUUCGCCAACCUGGCCUUGGCUGCCACACAAGAAGAUCCAUCCAAGCUUGGCCGGGGUGAGGGUCCUGGCUCCCCCACAGGAGGGUUAGGGGCCCUCUUGGAUGUGACCAAGCUCUCCCCAGAAAAGAAGCCCACCAGGGGACGCCUGCCUUCCAAGACCAAGAAGGAGUUUGUCUGCAAGUUCUGUGGCCGCCACUUCACCAAGUCUUACAACCUGCUAAUCCACGAACGGACACACACCGACGAGCGGCCCUACACCUGUGACAUCUGUCACAAAGCCUUCCGGAGGCAAGACCACCUACGGGACCACAGGUACAUCCACUCCAAAGAGAAGCCUUUUAAGUGCCAAGAAUGCGGGAAAGGAUUUUGCCAGUCCAGGACUCUCGCUGUCCACAAGACGCUACACUCACAGGUGAAGGAGCUCAAAACCGCCAAGGUCAAAUGUUGAGCAGACCCUGACGCUCGCCGCCGCUACCCUAUGGAGGGACCGUCUCCGGCGGGGAGGGGCGCUAGGGACCUCCCCCCACCCGAGGAGCACGCGGCACUCCAAAGCCCCGCCCGGGGCCGCGACACCGACCGCCCCGGCGGCUCCCCCCGGACGCGGCUAGACUCUUGGCCAAAAGGCGGCAAUAGUGUGGCGGAAGAGAAACUGCAUUAAAAAAAAAAAAUGAACGAAAACUCCGCGGAGCCAAAGUGGCGCCUCUCCCAGAAGUAUUACUUUUUUUUUCUAUUAUUUUGUAUGUUUUCUUUAUUAUUUUCUUUUCUUUGACCAUAUAAGCUUGUAACUCUGACUGCGGAGAGGGGAGAGAGGCGGGCAAGUUUGCGCACUUGCAGCUUCCAGCCCCCCCCCCGCCCCGGCCCCCUCCCCAACCCGGGAGCCUGCAAAAGUGUAAUCCGUGUAUUUGCUUCAGCGCCGGCCCAGGGGCCCAGCCCGCCACGCAGCCAGCUGCAAUCGGGCCCAUCGGCCCGGGGACUGGAGGUGGCCGGCCUCGGGCUGCCCACUCCGCCGCAAGAUCACCGCGAGCGGGCAGCUCGCCGGCAGCCGGGCGUUGUACUGCGAUUGGCACUUUACGCUGACCAUCGGUAACGGACAUUUAUCACUGGAGUUGUCUUUUUUUUUUUAAGAGAAAAAAAAACUAUUAAAUAAACGGUUAUU